UGCGUUGAGUGAUCUGAUUGAUAACGGAGGGCACAGAGCAAUUGAUGCUCGAGGACUUCUAGCAGCUACUCAAGAACCAUUGUUUCUCGUCUCUAUGUUCAUUCUGCACAUCUUGCUUGGUUCAAUCAAGAUACUCAGUGAUCAAUUAAAAGGUAAGCUCUUUCUAUUAUUUUGUAAAAGAGCAACUAUUUCUUCUUCGUUUGUCAUAGCUAUCUCAAUUGAUUAUACUAGUGCGAAAGAAUUCAUUCGAUCAAUAAUUGACCAAAUUCAAUUUACGCGCAGUGAAACAACAUUCAAGUGCUUAAUCAAUGAUGUUACAGACUUUGGAAAGAAGCACAACAUCAAUUUGGAUCAACCAACAAGAUUCCGACGAAGAGCCUCGAUACCUACCAGAUUUAAAGACUCAGUUAUCAUUACAACAACUAUUGGCCAACGAGAUCGAGGAGACCAGUAAUCAUUCAAGUCAAAUGAAGAAAAAUUUCGACAGGAACUACUCUAUUCACUUAUUGACUCUAUACUUCUUGAACUGAAUGAUCGUUUCGGCGAUGAAAAUAUCCUUCUUCUUGCAAGCGUAUCAGCUGUUCAUCCGAACAAUCAAAAGUUUUUGGAUAUUGAAGAACUCAAACCACUAGCAUCUCAUCUUACAAUCGACAUCAAUCAACUCGAUAACGAACUCAAUGUUGUCAAACACUUUAUUCGUGAGAAACGAACAACGAUGAAUACCAUCAAAGAUCUAUUGACUGAAUUGGCACCAGUGAAUGAAGCAUUUCCAGCAACAACUUCUCUACUGCGGGGUGCUCUAUGUUUACCUGUCUCAUCAACUACCUGCGAACGCAGUUUUUCUCGUAUGAAGUUGAUAAAAGCAUAUUGCCGAAACUCAACAGGCGGCGAGCGUCUCAGCGAUCUUACAGUUUUAGCUGUUGAACGGCUUUCAACAUUGAUUUGGAAGAAACAGUUGAUUUGUUUAAAUGCUUUUAUGUAUGAAACAAUCCGACCGAAAAUUGUACAUACAGCUAUAAAAUACCUUAUUGGACAAGAACUAUAUAAAGAUGAAGGUAUUGUUAUAUCUAAUGCUUGGAUUAAGGAAUAUUUAAAUGAAAGAGAAAAUUUCAUUGUCAAUGAUGAAGAUAAAAAACUUAAUGUGAAUGAAAAUAGGGGAGAAGUUUUUGAUGAUGACGACGAUUGGAAUGAACUUGACGACAAACCAAUAAGUCCAGGAGCUAUACUGAAAUAUUGUUAA